AUGAUCUAUCACUAUCCAACUCAAAAGGCGCCUCUUAAAAUCCUACAGUUAAAUGUAGGGCACGCGCCAGAUGCACAUGAAAUAGCUCUCACAUUGGCAUACACAAGCGACAUUGAUAUUAUCCUAAUCCAAGAACCAUAUAUAUUCAAAGAUCUUAGCCAACAGAUCACAAAAAAACACCCAUUAUAUGAAUGCUUCUCCCCAACUGACAGUUGGGCGAUAAGUGGCCGACCACGAGUUCUCACCUAUGUUCGAAAGAAGAAGGGCAUUUGGACCUCCCAGCUGCGCCCCUUCACAACUGACACCAAAGAGGCCUCGGAUCUCCUAUUCCUACAGAUUUUUUCGCCCACAGGAAAGUCCGCUCUGAUAGUUAACAUCUAUAAUGCCCCAGCAGGCUCCAUCAGAGCAGGCGAAGCCGCGAAAGCUCUUGCAACCCUGCCAGAGGCAUAUUUCCCUCAAGCAACGAUACUCGCAGGCGAUCUCAACCUACUACACAACAGGUGGCAGCCCUCGCUACAUCGCAGCCCCACACCUUCUGCAGAGCCGUUCAUUAACUGGCUGGACCUCCAGGGUCUAAUGCANNNUCACCCAAAAUACUUUCGACAUGCAAUCUUAGCAAUUAUCCAGAAACCAAAAAAGACUGAUUGGUCUUCACCUAGAUCAUACAGACCAAUCGCUCUCCUAUCAGUACUUAGCAAAGGACUGGAGCGCUUGGUGGCACAGAAUAUGGCAUGGAUCUCUAUACACUACAAAGUAUUAGCAAGGCAACAGUUUGGGGCUCUCCCACUAAGAUCUGCAAAUGAUCUAACCACAUGCCUAACAUAUGAUGUUGAACAAGCACUAAAUCAAGGCAUGACUGCCUCACUCCUUACCCUAGAUGUCAAAGGCGCUUUUGAUGCCGUGCUUCCCGGCAGACUCAUCCGCAGAUUACGUGAGCAGGGCUGGCCCACUAAUCUUGUUCUCUGGAUUGCCUCCUUUGCUACUGGGCGAUCAGUCCAGAUCCGACUUGAUGGAGAGAUUGGCCCCUCAAUAGACAUUGCCUGCGGUCUCCCACAAGGAUCCCCAGUAUCUGGCAUUCUUUUCAUGCUCUACAUAGCGCCCCUAUUCUGUCUAGGAAACCCAAGGAACAGAUUUAGUUACGCAGACGACGCAGCUAACCUGGCAAUCUCAACAUCUCUUGCUACUAACUGCGAAGCAUUAUCAGACUCACUACAAGAAGCUCUAAACUGGGGCGCUGCAGAGGGCAUUACAUUUGCACCAGAUAAAUACGAGCUUCUUCACUUCUCCCGACAUAAAGCAGACCAGGACCCAACCUGCACACCUUCAGUAAAAGCUGGAUCUAUCAUAAUCUCAGAAAAUACUAAACGGCUAUAUCUACGCUGGCUAGGAAUCCUCUUUGACAAAAAGCUAACAUUUAAAUGGUAUGUUGGUGAAACAGCAUCUAAAGCUCUCACUGUGGCUAAUGCCCUUCGCUCUCUAGAAAAUACUAUCCGUGGAGUCAAACCUUAUUUACUACAGCAGGCUGUAUCAGCCUGUGUACUCCAUAAAGCAUACUAUGGCGCAGAAACCUGGUGGCCAGGAUGUACUCGCCCUGGAUCUUCCUAA